AUGCUUCGAAAAUCGUGGCUCCUGGCCAUCGGUGGCCUUGUUGGCGUGACUGGAAGCUACAUUGCUCCGAGAUACCAGAUCUUGGAUGCCAAGGCUGACAUCCGAGACCUCGACGUGGGAGACCUCGAUGACAUGGAGGUGGACGUCCCCAAGCCCUUCGUGGAGCAUGUUAAGGAAGUGCGAGAACAAAGGAACAAACCGAAGAUUGACUUCAAUUCUGAGGACUUCAAGCGAGACCCGGCGUCCUUCAUGACAUCAGGAAGCAGUGGUGUCAGCAUGGCCUUUGUGCAAUUGGACGUGAAGUGGGCCAUGGAGCAUGGCAAGCACGAGACCACGAGCCUUGCUAGAAGCUGGACGAGCCUUCUGGAGAAUGGAGGAGUUUCGGCGCAGAUCUACGACACAGAUCCGGGCUCCAUCUUGAUCGUGAACAAGAUCCCAGCCCAGAACAUCAAGAUCAAAGAGUUCGUGCUCUCCCAGCCCCACGUGGACUACUACGAGUUGAACCAGAAACGCUUCUAUCCGGACGGGCGGAUCUCACCGCUCGUCUCUGACGACGAGAGGAGGGAAAGGAUGGCGACGAUUCCGGGUCGUCUCGGAGCUGACAAGCCGAAGCCCGUGUACAAGCCUUCCGAGCCCAAAACAGUCUCGGCUCAAAGAUUGAAAAUGGAUGUGGAAAGCACCAGCGCCCUCAAGGCGCGGGUGGCGGAGUUGGAGGCGCGGCUUCGGGAGCUGGAGGAGCUCCAAAGCUCCUCAGAGCUCCUGGAGCUCCGCGCCCUCGUGGAAGCCCAGGAGGCGGCUUUGGAGGACCAGCGCCGCAUCAUCGAGAGCCAGAGUGCUCUCAUCGAAGAUCUGAGCUCCCACUUGAAUGCCACCAGUUCGUUGGACGGUCAGGCCUCAAGCACCGCAGCCAAUGCGUCUGCAGCUAUUCCGCCGAGUUCGAAAGAGCUGGCGCCAAGCCCGAGCAGCCCCGACCCCCAAGGUCCGGGUCCAGCAGGUCCAUCCAAGCGCCGGAGCGGCAGUGGCUAUGGACGUGGGACAAUGAGUGCUCCAGGCCUUCGAAAGCCUGUAAGUGCAUCCUCUGGGGGUGCUGGCGCUCCCGGAGGAAGGGAGAAAGUCGGCGAAAAUCGCUCGGGAAAGGAGAAUCAGAAGCGCUUCGGCUGCUCCUCUGGUAGCAUCAGCUCUGCCAGCAGUGGCGGCCUGGUUCGAGGGCCAUCCCCUCGAACGACGCCUCGAAGUGCGAGCACAGGAACGGCUUCUCGUGAUGCGAGGCGUUCCGCCAACACCGCGAACUCGCAGGGAGCCCCCAACGUCUCGUCUGUAGGGCUGCCUCCCUCGCUCCCGCUGCUGCGGCAAGAGGCCUAG